GAAUUUCCAGAAAAUGCGAUGCCUUUCUACGUGGAUGGUUUUGCCUUCCAUGCUCUGCCUGUGCUACAUGGGGCAGACUACACCUGUUUCGGUUUCGGUUUUGGCCCCCAGGGCUCCAGAGUGGUCUACAUCUCAGACUACACUGCCCUGUUGCCAAAGACAGAAGCCUUGCUCCAACGCUGGAGCACUGCACCUGAUAAGAUCUCCAUCUUAAUCCUGGACGUCUUGUUCCCCGAUGCCACGACAAGCACCGUGCAUGCCAAUCUCGAGGAGAGCCUGGCAUUGGUGAGGAAGUACCGGCCCAACAAGGCCUUUUUCGUGGGUCUUGGCCACUACU